AUGUUGUUAUUUGAUUGUUUGUUUGUCCAAGUCCCAACCUCUGGUUUAAUCCCUUCUUUGUGCGAAUUUCCCAAAGUUUUGAAGAAAUUUCAUCUCACUAUUCGUCUCCUACAUUUUUUAUAUCUUGUCCAAUCUACCCAGUAUACGGUAGUCAGAGUUAUUCGCAUCUACUACAGACAAGAUCUUCAUUGGUAUCGGAAACUUCUAGUCAUUUUUGUGAUUCUCGUCUCCUUAAUCGCUAUUCUUUCUGUAUUGAUCUUCAUAUCCCUUGAUCCAGUCCUUUCUUCAUGGAUUAUGUCUCUCAUUUAUGGUUGUGUAACUCUGCUUAUCCCUUUAAUUGUUCUCAACACUCACCCGGGAAUCGCCAAGAAGAAAAAGACUUUGGUAGCUACAGUAUCUGCGUGGAAUUAA